UCCUCCCCCCUCCUUUGUCCCGCCCCUGUAGCCAUCGCAGGGUCGCUCUUCAUCGAACCACGCAUCCUGUUCCACAGUCCCAUCGCUGCACCAUCACAGACAACCUUCACGUCCCUUUCACGUCCAUAGAACCCUUAACCCCAUCAUCGCUGCGCUGUUCCCAUGCUCUGCCCUCUGCCUGAGAUGAGACAGCCCUGCUCGAUCACCAGCAGAAUCCCGCCAGUACGCGUCGCUCCUCGCGGAUAGAGAGCAUGCCUGACGCGGGGACUCAAGGCGCCGCAGCCGCGGUGGCGGCCGUCGGUGGUGGUAGUGCGGCAGCGGCCGGCGACGGAGCGGAGAGCGGCCGCCACCGACACCGAACGCAGCAGGCAGAUGCGGAGAGGCCGGAGACGACUGCUGCCCCUUCGCAAAGCUCCGGUUCCGGUGUACUGGAUAAAUUGUUUGGGAAGAGGCUGCUGCAGGCUGGCAGACACAUCAUGUCUCAUAAGUCUUGGAUGAAGACUGUGCCCACCGAGAACUGUGAUGUCCUCUUGACAUUUGCAGAUACGACAGAUGACCACACGUUGCUAUGGCUACUGAACCACAUCCGGCUGGGAAUUCCAGAGCUCAUCAUCCAAAUCCGUCAUCAUAAGCAUACGCACGUCUAUGCAUUCUUCGUCACCGCUACGUAUGAGAACUUGUUGCGAGGUGCUGAAGAGAUGGGUCUGAGGAAGGCGGUGAAGCCCGAAUUUGGUGCAGGAACGCGGAGCUUCUCCUGUGAGGAGGACUAUAUUUAUGAGAACAUCGAGAGCGAGUUGUGCUUCUUCACCUCGCAGGAGAGGCAAAGCAUCAUUAAAUACUGGCUUGAAAAUCUACGUGCCAAACAUGGGGAGGUGCUUCAUAAUAUUAACUUCCUGGAAGGGCAACCAAUCAUUCCAGAGUUGAGUGCACGAGGUGUUAUCCAGCAAAUGUUCCCUCUCCACGAACAGCGCGUCCUGAGUCACCUAAUGAAAUCUUGGGUUCAGGCUAUUUGUGAGAAACAGCCCUUAGACGAUAUCUGUGACUACUUUGGUGUGAAAAUAGCCAUGUAUUUUGCCUGGCUGGGUUUUUACACCACUUCAAUGUUGUACCCUGCUGUGAUCGGCUUUGUAUUGUGGAUGCUCACUGAGUCAGAUCAGACGAGUCGAGACAUCUGCUGUGUGGUCUUUGCACUUUUCAACGUGGUGUGGGCCACCUUGUUUCUUGAACGGUGGAAGAGGAGAGGUGCUGAAUUGGCGUAUAAAUGGGGAACUCUGGACACGCCUCCCGAAUCCCUGGAGGAACCACGUCCUCAGUUCCGGGGUGUGAAGCGCUGCAGCCCUGUCACAGGAUGUGAGGAGUUCUACUAUCCGCCGUGGCGGAGACGUGUUUUCAGGUGGCUGGUCAGCUUGCCCAUCUGUCUUCUCUGUCUCUCUUUUGUCUUCCUGGUCAUGCUCAUCUGCUUUGAGCUCCAGGAGUUUGUAAUGGGGAUCAAGGAAAUGCCUCGAUUGGCUCGCUUUAUUCCUAAAAUAAUGCUUGCAAUCACUGUGACUGCAUGUGAUGAGGUGUACAGGAAGAUUGCCUGCUGGCUCAAUGACAUGGAAAACUAUCGACUCCAGAGUGCCUAUGAGAAAAAUCUCAUCAUCAAAAUGGUUCUUUUUCAGUUUGUAAAUUCAUAUCUCAGCCUUUUUUACAUUGGAUUCUACCUCAAAGACAUGGAGCGGCUCAAAGAGAUGCUGGCCACUCUGCUCAUCAUACGUCAGUUCCUUCAAAAUGUGAAGGAGGUGCUGCAGCCUUACGUGUAUGAGCGCCACAAGCUGGGUGAGCUCACUUUGCGAGCUCUAUGGGAUUUGCUACUCUCCGUGCUGCUAAAAUAUGCCAGGCUGGCUGCUGGAAAAGCCCAUGCCUCACCUACUGACCCUGCUAUGCCAGGACCUGGUCUCAGGGGCACCAGGCCUGGGGUGGGUCAUACAGACAAAAGGGAAAAAAAAUGUUUGAAUGGCGGUUGCGGGGUACCCGAUGAGGAGGAAAGUGGCGAGAGGGACGAGGCUGACAGUGGGCGAUUCAGUGAAGGAGAAACCGAGGAGGAAGGUCUGCUUGACUGCGGUUUGAAACUGAGGAAAGUCAGCUUCAUAGAGAAGAUGGACAGGAGGCCGGGAUGUAGUGGCCACCCUAUGGACAACAGUUUUAUGGAGGAAGGGAGUCCAACAAUGGUGGAUAAAGGAAUGGAGCCACCCUCUGUGUUUUCAAUGUGUGAAGAUGAUGUUGAUAAUGGCAUCCAUGAUGUGAAGGAGGCAGCUGGGGGAGGAGUGGCAUGUGCAUCUGAAGGAAUCAACUAUGCUGCCUCCACCUGUAUCACUGGAUCCGCCUCCAGGAAUGAGAGCGGCGCAUCAGUGCGAAAUCGGAGAAGAGGCCGAAGCACCGAGCGUGCCGAACCCAGAACAAAGAGGGAAUCGUGGAUUGACCCUCCUGAAGUGAAGGAAAGCACCACACUGACUCAGGCAGAGAUAGAGAGCUGCAUGCAGACUUAUACGGACACUUUCCAGGACUACCAGGAAAUGUUUGUCCAGUUUGGCUACGUGGUGCUGUUCUCCUCGGCUUUCCCUCUGGCCGCCCUGUGCGCGCUUAUCAACAACAUCAUCGAGAUCCGCAGCGACGCCUUCAAGCUCUGCACGGGUCUGCAGAGACCAUUUGGUCUCAGAGUGGAGAGCAUUGGCCAGUGGCAGUCUGCAAUGGAAGCCAUGGGUCUGAUUGCCAUCAUUGUUAACUGUUACCUGAUUGGUCAAUGCGGCCAGCUGCAGCGCCUCUUUCCUUGGCUCAGCCCUGAGAUGGCCAUCAUCUCCAUUGUCAUCCUUGAGCACUUCGCUAUCCUCUUGAAGUAUGUCAUCCAUGUGGCCAUUCCCGACAUUCCAACAUGGGUCAGAGAGGAGAUGGCUAAACUGGAUUAUCAGCGCAGGGAGGCCUUUAAGAAGCAUGAGCGUCAGGCUCAGCAGCACUACCAGCAGCUGCAGAGGAAGAAGAGGGAGGAGGAGGAGAGGCAGAGGCAAGUGGAGCAUAUGGCCCGUAGAGAAAGGGAUAGAGAGGACACCAAGGGCGACUCCUCCGGGGAUCACCACCACGACAAAAGCCAUAGUGGCAAAUCGCGCCCCGGUGGAGGUGGUGGAAGCGGCGGGUCGGAAAAACCCAAGAGGCCCAGCUCCCUUUUGGCCAACAACAACGUGAUGAAGCUGAAACAGAUCAUUCCGCUGCAGAGCAAGUUCUCCUCAAGUGGCGCUCGCUCCCCUCAAUCACCCACUGAAGCAAAGCUGCCAGGUUUCCUCAGCUUCAAAUUCCUCAAAUCGCCCGAGAACAAGAAGGAGUCUAUGGCAGCUUCUGCGACGACUUCUAUGCCGAGCGCCUCAUCAGCCACAAACGGGACGACGGCAUCAUCCUCAUCAUCAGGUAGCAGCUCACAGGAGCGUUCUCAGUCACCCAGCAAAGCCUUCAAUCCUGGCAAAUUGUUUAAUUUUGGAAAAUCCGAAGCAGGGACCUGCGUCAACGGGGCGCCACUGCCCAGAUCGGGCGAGGGAUUGUCAUCGUCACAGAUCUCAGAGAGACCGGUUAGCAGGUCCGAUUUAAACGGAAUUCUGGAUGAGGUCCCCUUGCCUGCGCGGGAAGGAUCCGAGAACGGACAUUCAAAUGAAUCUGACUCUCUUGGCCCAAAGGUUUAGUAGCUCCUUUGCUAAAGAACUAACGUCUCUUGUAAAACUUAAAAGUUGAAAUUUAUUCCUGAGGGUUUUGGUUGUCCUGAACAACAAAAUAGGCUUUACAAGAACGAUCUUACCACUCUUCUCAUGCCACAACAUAAAGUCAGGUCCAUAAAAAUUGGGACAUGAGCACAGUUCUCAUCUUUUUGCCUCUAAACAAAACGAUGGACCCAGAUGUGCUUUGAACUCUAUACUUUCAGCUAAUUUAAGGCGAUUUACAUCCAAAUCAGCUAAAUAAUAGGACUUUCAAUGGUGUGUAUACUAGGAGUGGGAGCCUCUUGGUACUUCACGAUACGAUACGUUUUGCGAUACAAAUCUCAUGAUAACGAUCAUCUGACGAUAUGGCGAUACAACGAUUAUCGAUACAUUGGUCAGGAAAUCCUUGUAGGAUAUUCUAAAAACAACUAAUAAACAGAAAAACAAGCUUCGGCUGUGAAUUGGAAUGAGUUUAUCACUGGUAGACGUCCAAUUGAACGUCUAUGGCUGUCAGUGGCAGCCAAUGCCAGGCAAUGAGGUAAUUUUGGGCCAUUUAAGGUCAUUUACCUGUUGAUUUUCAGUUACUUCCUGUUGAUUUUGGGGUAUUUUAUGGGUCAAUUCCUGUUCAUUUUGUGUUACAGAACAGGAAAUGACCUGGAAAUUCCCUAAAAUGGAUAGCAAGUGACCUAUACAUGCCCUGAAAAUCUGACAGAAUGACUGUGAACGUGAAUUUAAAAAAACAACAACAUUUUUUAAGACAUUGACACCUUUUUAAAAUGAUAUCUCGAUUCUUGCAGGAGCAUAUCGAUAACCUUUUGGGAUACAAAGUAUCAUGAUAUAUCACCAUUUUGAUAUUUUGUCACACCCCUAGUGUAGACUACAUGACUCCCACUUUUUGAAAGGCCCAAAGUAAUAGGACAAUUGGUUGCUCAGCUGUUCUACAGCCAGGUUGGCGUGUAUGGUCGCCAGUUGGCAGGGUAAAAACUGUAGGGUGAUUUUUGAAUAAUUUCAAGCAAUAUUAUCUUGUCAUAUUCAGCCAAAUGCAACAGAAUCCAUUGAAUGGCACUUCACAGUGUAGAUGCACAAUGUCCUGAAUAAUACUGCGAAAAAGCCCGUUUUUUGUUUUGUUUUUUAAAAGUAGCAGAAUGUAAUGCAAUGGCCAAGUCAUUUAGUUAACAUGAACCCGAAUGAGCCUGAAUUUCAACUGAAGAAAAAAAAACUGUCUUAAGUUCCUUCCAGUUCUUACUUACCCUUACGUUGCAGUCUUCAGCUUGACAGAACGUCAACGGGAAUGAAAUCCAGCAUCUGCCGAUGUUUACGCAUUAUACACUUCAAACUGCAAAGGAUUUUGCAAAGUGUUAAAAUGAGAACGUUUGAUUUAUGAGUGUCAAAUUGUCACCAUUAUUUUGCUCCCUUAAAAAGUAUUAGGCACGUAAAGAAACUUUUACACCAUUCAAAUGAUUUGGAUAUAAAUACCCUUCAAAUAAAGCUGAAAAUCUGCAGUUGACGCACAUCUUCAUUAGUUUCAUUUCAAAUCAUUGUUUGGAUCCAAAAUAUAAGAAUUGUGUAAAUGUCCUAAUAUUUACGGAUCUGACUGCAAGGCACACAAUCAUGUUCGCAAUACAUCAAGAAAUGCAUGAGCUGCGUUUCUUAUAUUUUUAAGCCUUCAAAGCAAAAAGCUGUGAUUCUUAAUUUCUACUGUGGCCAAUUGUGAACAUCGUUCAAAAAAGUCCAGAAUGGGGAAAAGGACAAAACACGUAAAAGGGAUGUCUGGUUGAACUAAAUGAGUGUUUCUUCACCAUCACAAAUCAAUAUUAGACAAUGGUCUUGUUUUUACUGUGAAAUAGUUGGCCCUUCUUUUGUAAGUGGAAUAAUUGAAAAGCAAUAUUAAUCAGUCGUUUAAUUUUGAGUAAUGCUGCAGUUUCUAGUAUGACAUAACCCCUCCCUCAACGUCCAUCCUCGAUGAAUUACCAGCUUUAUUUUCAAAGCGGAGGUGAUUUCUCAGCUCUGUGGCAAUAUGGGCUUCAUUGCAGACAAGAGUUAAUAGAUUCAUACGUCCUGCUGUCAAUGGUUCUCAAAUGAGAUAUUAAAGAAGUGCAAAAAAAGAAAAAAAAACUUUGAGCAAAUGCCGACCUGUUGCUGGUCCAUUGACCUCCUCUCACAGACGGUUGGUUCUCCAUUUCACAAUGUCUAAACACACUUGGUUAGUGAGCGGCAAAUUCAAGUUACUUUUGCACUAAACGCUACAUCACUCAGCAGGAGACGGCAGCCUUCUUCACAUCAUUAUGCAAACUGGACUGUAUGGAUUUCCUCCUGUCACACAGUACACGAGCAGAAUAUUUAUUUUUGAAAGGCGCUCUCGUUUCUGUAGUCGUGCUAAUAGUUUUAGUUUGGACCAAAGUGGUAUUUUUUCAUGUGAUACUGGUAUCCGAAUACAAACUGAUGCUUUGUUACAUCUUUCUGUUCUGCACUUUGGCCAACAGAUGGCGCCAGACUUUUUGUUACAAUUUAUUUUUACAUAGGUGACAGUAGCAUUGGUGAAAGACGGGCCCUUUCCCAACAUUUGAGUUAAGACAUGUAGUUGAAAUGGCAAAAAUCCUCAUCUCAAUUAUGUCACUGGCAUCACUAGAUGAAAAAAAAAAACAUUGAUUGCAUUUUUUUGGAAGAAUUAUAGUGAACUUGCGUUAAGAUGUCAUGGAGAACCUGAUUAUCUCACAAGGCAUACUAAUGUGCCACAGCAGAUUGAAGUUGGGAAUCCAUCCUCACUUAAAAGCAGGGGUGAAAGUGGCUAGAAUUUCUUGCCGGAACUCCCCGACGUGAAGGUCACCACGGAGCCAGGAAUUGUGUUUAUUUAUUUUAAUCAAUUUUUAAUUUUUGGGGGGGUGGGGGAUCAAACUUCUUAACUGCUGAAAUGCAAAGAAAACGGUUUUAGCACUGUUAUUUCUAUAACACAUACAAAAACUGAUUUUCAUUUAAAAUUGUAUUUUUUCAAUGAUUUACAAAACAAAAACAGCAAUAACCCCAACCUUCAUCUCCUAAUUUUUACUUUCCCUCAUUUCCUCACAUACUAAAUGCCAAAUCUCAAUUUUAACUACUUAAGAACAUAGGAUGUAUAUUAAAAUUGAAGUUUAUGUAAACAUUUCCUUUUUUUUUUUUUUUUUUUUUUUUUUUUUUUUUAAAUAAUAAUGAUAUAAGUAACAUACAUUCAGAAAAAUAAGUACAAAUGACUUAUAUUAUGCAGAGUGAAAUGGAAUAUAUUUUGAAGAUCACGCAAACAUUGACUUUUUUAAAUCAUAAGGAAAUGAAUAAGUAGCCUAACAUAUAUGAACAAAUAUAAGUCCAAAGUUUACAUUGACAGCUAAGAUGUUCUGAACCUCCCGAUCAGAGCAAAUAAAACUAAAUAUGAUAAAUAAGCCUCCUCAACUUUUUCGUUGCUCUUAAAGAUUUAAUCCAUUGUAUGAUGCAUUACCCUUUUUUUGUCGCAUCAAUUCAACCUUUUUUUUUUUUUUUUUUUUUUUUUUUUUUUUCUGUUUCAGAAAACAUGCACAUUUGAACCAACCAGAGCUAACUAUCUGUGCUGAUCAUAUGUCAGUAUGUCAGCCAAUUGAACGGAUAAAUUAGUUCAGGCGUUUUGCUUUGCUGUGUGCAUUCGCACAUUGACGUGACUCUUCAUCGUCAGACUCGUCCGUGGUAUAAAAUAAAAAAUAUUGGUGUAAACGGAUUACGCUACACAAGCACUUUAUUAUGCUUGUUGUUAACACUUGUGUAUGUAAAUCUGAUGUUGGUAGAUGUGGCAGCUUAGCAUUUUUUUUAAUUUUUUUUUUUACAUAGCGUUUUGACAGUUGCCGUCAUAUUUUCGGAAUCAAAGCACCGUCUACCGAAACAACAUUCCUGCCCUGAAUCUUAUACCGGAACUACUUUCCUGACUGUUCCGGCCCACUUUCACCCCUGCUUAAAAGGUAUCAAAAUCUGGAUUGGGAGAUAUUAGUCUACCUAUGCAUUGCCACGACAUUAUCACUGGUAAAGCAUUUUGGCAAUAAUAGAGGACACUCACCUGUAAAAAUCAGUGUUUGUUGUUCAUUAUGUCUACUGGAUACUCUCCUCAUCCAAGGGUAACUUCAUGAAAUUAUUUUAGGACCAAUUCGUUCCCUGUUAACAUCAAACUGCAAUUUUGGGAAGAAUGAAUACAAACCGGAUUCCAAAAAGAUGGGACAAUAUACAAAUCAUAAUAAAAAACUGAAUACAAUGAUGUGGAAGUGCCAAAUACAUCACAGAUGAAGAAAAUGUACUAUUUUUGGUAGGUGCAGCAGUUUUGACAGAUUGGGCGAGUUAUAUUUAUGUUGUGAUAAUAGGCGGAGUUUGACUUUCGGGGCAGGGGUCAACAACAUGUUGAUGACCCCAAAACACAGUGUCAGCAAUAAAAUUAACUUAAAAGAAUAUUUAUAAUAACAAUUUUGUUUCCCAUCAUUCUUGAGGGGAAUUCUAAAUCAGGCUGCUUAGGCAAUACUUUUCGCCAAGAUCGUCAUUCACUGAAUGUAGUACGCCCGCCGGUGUUGUGCCAAUGUAGUUGCCCCAGUCAAAAAUUGUAUCCCCUGGGCGGAGCCAUAUGGAGGUAGAUUUGUGUCAUUAUUAUUCAAUCCCAAAAAAAGUUGCUUCAAUCAAAAAAAGUUGCUUCAAUCAAAAUAUAUAUUUUCAACCAAAAAAAAUGUCGCUUCAAUCAAAGGAAAAAAAAAUGUGAACGCAAAAAAAAUUUGAAACUCCCCCCCCAAAAAAAUGCAUGUGAAAGCUAUUUUUCUUUGAUUUUUUUUUUUUUUUUUUUUUUUUUUUUUUUGAUUGAAGCAACUUUUUUUAAUGAAGUAAUGUUUACUUUUGUUUGGGCCACAUUUUGGCUUGGACAUUUUUGUCUAAAAUAAUUUUGACCCAUUAUAAAAAUAUAUUUUUUUGUUCAUUUCAUUCAUUUUUGUUGCAGUUUUAUUGCUUUACAACUUUUAUAUAUAUAGGAAAGUAGAUUACAUGCAAUGACACUUUUCGCCCACCGGGGGGCUGCCCCCCCUUAAAAUCCGCUUAUGGUUGUGAUUGGACUGGAGACCGUCUUUCUGAUAUAGCAACCCUGAGGUGCAGCGCGCUGUGGGCUCCUGAUCUCCAUACUUGAGCGUCGAUGGCCUCAUAUGCAUGUGGUUCGAAACAAUUAUUUCUCUUGCCGCCUGGUACCAGGUGACCCAAUCAGUGGUUGGGGAUGACUUAUCUACAGUGCAUAAUAUCAUACAAAGAUUCAGAAAAUGAAGGAAAAAUCUAUGUGAGUGUCAAGGCCGAAAAACCAUACUGGAUGCCCAUGAUCUUCUGUCCCUUAAACGGCACUGCACCACAAACAGGACUGCCACUGUAAAGGAAAUUACAGAAUUGGCUCAACAAUAGUUCCAUAAACCAUUGUGGAUAAACACAAUCCACGGCGCCAUCCGCCGUUGCCAGUUUAAAUUAUUCAGUGCAAAGAAGACUCUAUGCAGGACCUAGAAACGCAGAUGUUUUCUCUGGGAGUGUGGCAAAGUGGAAAACUGUUCUUUGGUCAGAAUUGCGAUUCGAAGUUCUUCCAGACACCCUUUUAAAGAGGAAAAGGAUACCCUAAAUUGUCAGGACUCAGUUUUGAAGCUUGCAUCCUUGAGGAUUUGUGUUUGGAUGAGUGCGUGUGCAAGCUGGAAAGGCAUCGUCAAUGCAGAAAGGUAUAUUCAGGUUCUCGAACAACACGGAACAUCCAGACGUCUUUCAGUGAAGACCUUACAUUUUUCAACAGGAUAAUGCCAGACCACACACAGUAUUAAGUGCAACAUUAUGGCUACAUAGGGAAAGGAUCCAGGUAUUGAAAUGGCCAGCCGGCAGUCCAGUUUUUUCACCUACAGUGGGGCAAAUAAGUAUUUAGUCAACCAACAAUUGUGCAAGUUCUCCUACUUGAAAAGAUUAGAGAGGCCUGUAAUUGUCAACAUGGGUAAACCUCAACCAUAAGAAACAGAAUGUGGGGGGAAAAAAAAAGAAAAUCCCAUUGUUUGAUUUUUAAAGAAUUUAUUUCAAAAUUAAGAGUGGAAAAUAAGGAUUUGGCCACCUACAAACAUGCAAGAUUUCUGGCUGUCAAAGAGGUCUAACUUCUUCUAACGCGGUCUAACGAGGCUCCACACGUUACCUGUAUUAAUGGCACCCGUUUUAACUCAUUAUCGGUAUAAAAGACACCUGUCCACAACCUCAAUCAGUCACACUCCAAACUCCACUAUGACCAAGACCAAAGAGCUGUCGAAAGACACCAGAGAAAAUAAUUGUAGACCUGCACCAGGCUGGGAAGACUGAAUCUGCAAUAGAUAAAACGCUUGGUGUAAAGAAAUCAACCGUGGGAGCAAUUAGAAUUAGAAAAUGGAAAACAUACAAGACCACUGAUAAUCUCCCUCGAUCUGGGGCUCCAUGCAAGAUCUCAUCCAGUGGUGUCAAAAUGAUAACAAAAACGGUGAGCAAAAAUCCCACAACCACACGGAGGGGCCUAGUGAAUGACCCACAGAGAGCUGGGACCACAGUAACAAAGGCUACUAUCAGUAACACAAUGCGCCGCCAGGGACUCAAAUCCUGCACUGCCAGACGUGUCCCCCUGCUGAAGAAAGUAUACAUCCAGGCCCGUCUGCGGUUCGCUAGAGGGCAUUUGGAUGAUCCAGAAGAGGACUGGGAGAAUGUGUUAUGGUCAGAUGAAACCGAAAUAGAAUUUUUUGGGAGAAACACAGGUUGUCGUGUUUGGAGGAGAAAAAAUACUGAAUUGCAUCCGAAGAACACCAUACCCACUGUAAAGCAUGGGGGUGGAAACAUCAUUCUUUGGGGCUGUUUUUCUGCAAAGGGACCGGGAAGACUGAUCCGUGUAAAGGAAAGAAUGAAUGCGGCCAUGUAUCGAGAGAUUUUGAAAAAUCUCCUUCCAUCAGCAAGGGCAUUGAAGAUGAGACGUGGCUGGGUCUUUCAGCAUGACAAUGAUCCCAAACACACAGCCAGGGCAACAAAGGAGUGGCUUUGUAAGGAGCAUUUCAAGGUCAUGGAGUGGCCUAGCCAGUCUCCAAAUUUCAACCCCAUAGAAAAUCUGUGGAGGGAGUUGAAAGUCCGUGUUGCCCAACGACAGCCCCAAAACAUCACUGCUCUAGAGGAGAUCUGCAUGGAGGAAUGGGCCAAAAUACCAGCAACAGUUUGUGAAAAGGUUGUGAAGAGUUACAGAAAACGUUUGGCCUCCGUUAUUGCCAACAAAGGGUACAUAAUAAAGUAUUGAGAUGAACUUUUUGGUAUUGACCAAAUACUUAUUUUUCACCAUGAUUUGCAAAUAAAUUCUUUAAAAAUCAAACAAUGUGAUUUUCAGUUUUUUUUUCCCCCACAUUCCGUCU